AAAACGAAAGGUCUGUCCUGUAGGACUGCUGGAGGCGGCCACAGCGCCAUGUUGAACGGAAUCAUCACACUCCGUGGAGAUACUCUCGUCAAAGAGCAGUUGUAAACAAAGUGUUCUUCAUUUUCCAAAGGGGGCUCGCCUGUCAAGAUCGCCCUGGCAAAAAGAGGCCAACUAGAUCCUCGGAAACCCCGGCCGGGGAGGGGGAACAGCCCCCCAACCUUCAGCAAUGAAGAUAAACCACAAUAAGCGCUAGCUGGCUAACUUUAGCCUGCUACUCUAUCAAUAAGCUAGGUAGCCUGUUAGCUCAAGCUUUUCUAUCCGCUCAGACACCGGCAACCUGCUCCUAAAAGGCCCGGUGUUUACGUAACUCGCCAGCAAUAGUUUUUCUUACGUGGACAGUUUAGCCGCUAGCUAAUUUAUUAUUGUAAAUAUCUGUAAAGCCGUGCGUUUGUUUUAUUUUGUUUUUUAUUUGCGAUGAGUUUGCCGCCGAAAGCGGUGCCAAAACCAGCCGCCGCUGCCGCCGCUGGACCUGGACCUGGAACCGGACCCGGACCGUCACCCUCGAGUCAGCUGCGGGCCACCCUGACCCCAUUGCCGCUACCGCAGGGGACACCGGUGCCUCAACAGCCGCAGACACAAGUUUUCCUUAAUUUCCCCUCUAGGAUCCCAAGAGUGUCCCUGGACGAACGAAGCUACCCCCCACAGCCCCUCGCUGCUGUCUACAGUGUCCAUAGACCCCCUGGUCCCCCAUAUACAGCACAUGAAAUCAGCAAGGGACACCCUAACCUAGCGGCCACGCCACCAGGUCUUGCUUCCUCCCCUGGACUCUCUCAGGUAUCAGUUUCAACAGUGACCACUGCGCAUCUGUAUGCUAACCCUAAAGGCUGGGAUGCAGGAGGAGGGCCUCCAUACACACCAGGGCAGAAUGCCGGCACGACCCCUCUGGUCUACUCAUCACCAACCCAGCCAAUGAACACACAGCCUCAGAGCCGCCCGUUUGCCCCUGUGCCUCGUCCUACCCAUCACCAGGGAGGAUUCAGACCCAUUCAGUUUUUCCAGAGGACGCAGAUGCAAACGGCGCGGUCUGCCAUUCCAAGCAACAACCCUGCGAUUCGGCCCAGUUCUCAGACCCCCACAGCAGCGGUCUACCCCCCCAAUCAGACCAUCAUGAUGACCAUGGCUCCCAUGCCCUUUGCUUCCCCACAAACACCACAGUACUACAUCCCUCAGUACCGUCACAGUGCUCCUCAAUAUGUGGGGCCUCCUCAACAGUACCCAGUCCAGCCCACUGGACCCAGUACCUUCUUUGGUAGUCCAGGGGACUUCUCUGCAGCUUAUGGAGCAGGACCUUCCUACUAUCCUACGCAGCACAUGUACACACCAUCUCCACCCAUUAUAGUGCCUACACCACAACAACCUCCACCUGCUAAGAGGGAAAAGAAAACAAUCCGCAUCCGAGACCCAAACCAAGGCGGCAAGGAUGUGACGGACGAGAUAUUAUCAGGGGUGGGACGGCCCUCCUCCACUCCUACACCUCCACAGCAGCUGAACAGCCAGGUAGUGGAUCACGGCAACAUCAGGUAUACCAUGGACAGCGCCCAGCUUCCUGCAACCAUCGACUUGAAAGCAGAUGACAAGCCAAAACUAGAGUUUGCCUCGCAAAAAACUGCAUCUCCUGGAUUGCGGGAGCCAGAGACUCCAUUGGAGAGAAGAGAUCCCAGCAGCCCAGUCCAGUCGCCCUCUCCCCCACAGAAAACUGAGCUUCCCCCCUCUGGCCCAGACAUGGCCUCAAGUGUAGCUAUGACCCCAACUCUUUCCAUACCUGCCUCAACAGUGGAGUCAGCUGAUGUCCCGAGCCCAUCAGCUGAGCCUGUCCCCACUAAAGCUAUCACACCAGAACCUGAAAGCUUAGAGCCGGAGAAAUCCUCCUCAGAGCAGCCCUCACCUCAGAGCCUGUCUACGACCCUUGCCCAGCCUGAAAAGGCCAUCAAUGGGCUGACGGACACCGAUGCUGCUCCCUCGAGUGACGACUUGGAAUCCCAACCCAGGGAAGUCUCUCCGUUGCUGCCUACUUCUAGCGUGCCCCAGUCCCCCAGCCCGGAGCCCAGGCCCAUCACACCGGUGCUGGAGGCCAAGUCUGCGGCUGGAAAGGCGGAUAGCCCCUCGCCCCCUGCUGAGGACAGCACUGGAUGUCCCGUCACCACAUCCCUCUCCACCUCCACUACUGCUGCUAUCUCCACCACACCUGCUCCUCCUCCAGGACUCACGCACCCAAGUCAGGGUUCUGCAGGGUCAGCCAAGGGACCGUCUACAGGAGCAGAGCUCAAGGAAACAGGGAAGGAGACCGAGGCCUUCCCGGACAAGAGAGGCGAGCCCUUCUUGCAGUCCAGAAAAAGCUCAAGUCAAGCUACAUCUAGUGCACCAAAGACCUGGAAGAAGCCAAUAGAGGACAUACCUGUAGGGCAAGAUCUGUGUUCAGACAAAGAGGAGGACGUGGAUCAGUCCUCUAUGGAACCUGCUGCAGAGAUCCCCAGUCUUCCUCCUGUAGAGGUGGAGAGGAGGCCGUCAGCAGAAACUAUGCUUGAGGAGAACGGAGAACAGGAAGUAGAGCCUCUGAGAAACGGGGCUGAACACGCCUCUGAAACCGAAAGCAGUGACAGCAUGCAACCGCCUGCAGUCAAAGAGCCGCUGAUCAAAGCAGUGCCACAGCUUGCAGAGAAGAAUGGAAAGAAGCAGUACGACAGAGACUUCCUGUUGGGCUUCCAAUUCAUGCCUGCUUGUGUGCAGAAACCAGAGGGGCUUCCUCCUAUUUCUGAUGUUGUUCUAGAUAAGAUUAACCAAAAUAAGCUGGCCAUGCGGCCGGUAGACCCACGUGUAAUAUCCAGAGGCCCGGACUUCACACCAGCAUUUGCAGAUUUUGGCCGACAGAUUUCAGGAGGCAGGGGAGCCCCGCUGCUGAAUGUUGGCCUGCGUCGCCCAUCUGGACGUAAGAUCAUCACAAAUGUGUCGGUAAAUGAUGACGUGCAGCUGAAGACAGCAGAGCAUGCAUGGAAACCUGGCAUGAAGCGGGACAAUGUCAUUGACGAUUCAGAGACCAUGAAAACUCAGGAGCUUUUCCGAAAAGUCCGUAGUAUUCUCAACAAAUUGACACCACAGAUGUUCAACCAGCUGAUGAAGCAGGUGACUGACCUCACCAUCGACACGGAGGAGCGGCUCAAAGGAGUCAUAGACCUGGUUUUUGAGAAAGCCAUUGAUGAACCCAGCUUCUCUGUGGCCUAUGGCAAUAUGUGCAGCUGUCUGGCCUUGUUAAAAGUGCCCAUGACGGAUAAGCCCAGCACCUAUGUGAAUUUCCGGAAGCUUCUUCUGAAUCGCUGUCAGAAGGAGUUUGAAAGAGACAAAGUGGAUGACGAUGCCUUCGAGAAGAAACACAGGGAGCUGGAGGCAGCUACUUCAGCUAGCGAGCGGGAAAGGCUGCAGGAGGAGCUGGAAGAAGCCAAAGAUAAGGCCCGCAGACGCUCCAUUGGCAACAUCAAGUUCAUCGGUGAGCUCUUCAAGCUGAAGAUGCUGACAGAGGCCAUCAUGCACGACUGCGUGGUGAAGUUGCUGAAAAACCAUGAUGAGGAGUCACUGGAGUGCCUGUGCAGGCUGCUCACAACUAUUGGAAAGGACCUGGACUUUGAGAAAGCUAAGCCACGAAUGGAUCAGUACUUUAACCAGAUGGAGAAGAUAGUAAAGGAGAGAAAAACUUCAUCGCGCAUUCGGUUCAUGCUGCAGGAUGUUAUUGACCUGCGAUUGCACAAUUGGGUGUCUCGGAGAGCUGACCUUGGCCCAAAGACCAUUGAGCAGAUCCAUAAAGAGGCAAAGUUGGAGGAGCAGGAGGAACAGAGGAAGGUCCAGCAGCAACUGCUGUCCAAGGACAACAAGAGGAGACCAGUGGUGCAGAGAGAGGAGACCUGGAGCACUGUGCCUAUGACUAAGAACAGCAGAACAAUAGACCCCGCUAAGAUUCCCAAGAUCUCAAAGCCAACGAUAGAUGAGAAGAUUCAGCUGGGACCAAGAGCUCAGUUGAACUGGAUGAAGGGCAGCAGUGGAGGGGCUGGAGCCAAGGCCAGUGAGUCAGAUGUCUCUCGUCCCAGUGCCAGUUUAAAUCGUUACUCAGCCCUGCAACCCUCAGCGCCCCCGGCCUCCUCUUUACCCUCUACAUCCCCAGAUUUUGAUGCAAGGAAAGUUCUCAGCAGUCGAGGAAGCUCAGGACGAGAACGUAAUGAUAAGCCUUUGAGUGCGGGUCCCGCUCGGACAGGGCCCGUCUCAUUGGGUAGCAGCAAUAAGGAGGCUCCUGAGGAGUCGGCCCAGGAAGUGUCCCGCAGAGACUCGAAUGCCUCAGACACGCCCAAGCUGCCCGCCAGCACUGCAGACAACAGCAGACUGGAGCGUAGCCAAUCCAGGGAGUCCGCUGUUAAACUCGAAGUACUGUCAGGACUCUCUCCAGAUAAGCCUACAUUACCAGAAGAGGACAUGGAGAGGCGGUCCAAGUCCAUUAUUGAUGAGUUUUUGCACAUUAAUGAUUACAAGGAGGCAGUGCAGUGUGUGGAGGAACUAGAGCAACCUGCCAUGCUCUAUGUGUUUGUGCGAGUGGGUGUGGAGUCCACGCUGGAGAGGAGUCAGAUCACGCGAGAUCAUAUGGGUCAGCUGCUCUACCAGCUCCUGCAGGCUGGAAUCCUCCACAAACAUCAGUUCUUUAAAGGGUUCUCUGAAACUCUUGAAUUAGCAGAUGAUAUGGCCAUUGAUAUUCCCCAUAUAUGGCUGUACCUUGCGGAGCUGGUGACCCCUGUGCUUCGAGAGGGGGGAAUCUCUAUGAGAGAAUUAUUUAGCGAAUUUAGCAAACCAUUACUCCCUGUGGGAAGAGCUGGGAUAUUAUUUUCUGAAAUAUUGCACCUUCUAUGCAAACAAAUGAGCCAUAGGAAAGUGGGAUCCUUAUGGAGGGACUCGGGGUUGAGCUGGGUGGAUUUUGUACCUGAAACGGAGGAUGUGCACAGUUUCAUCACAGAACAUAAACUAGACUUUACACUUUCUGACGGCUCAACCCUGCCCGAGGCUGUCUCUAAGAGAACACUCUCAUCUGAGGAACUGAACAAGCAACUUGAAAAACUACUGCUGGAGGACAUGGCUGGUGAUGAACGAAUCUUUGACUGGGUUGAGGCCAAUCUAGAUGAAUCAGAAAUGAGUUCACCUCCUUUCAUCAGAGCUUUAAUGACUGCUGUGUGCAAGGCAGCAGUGAAAACUGAGGGCUCCUCAUACAAAGUGGACUUGUCUAUAAUCCAGAAAAGAUUGCCUGUAUUACACAAGUACCUUAACUCAGACACAGAGAGACAGUUGCAAGCACUUUACGCACUUCAAGCAUUGAUAGUAAAACUGGACCAGCCUCCUAAUUUGCUCCGGAUGUUCUUUGACUGUUUGUAUGAUGAGGAUGUGAUAUCUGAAGAUGCCUUUUGUAAGUGGGAGGUCAGUAAAGACCCCGCUGAACAGCAAGGCAAAGGUGUGGCCCUGAAGUCAGUCACUGCUUUCUUCACGUGGCUGCGCGAGGCAGAGGAGGAGUCAGAGGACAAUUGACGAGGGGACAAAUGGACUCAUUUGCCAACUAGUUCUGAAGAGACGAUAGUCACUGAAACAAUAACUGCAUCAAAUUAAAAUGUAACAUAACAAGCAACACAUUAUGCAUUAGGAUGGAUGGAGCUCAGCAAGAUUUGAAAUGGUACGGUUCACUGACAUACAGCGACCCUAAGAUGACUUACAUUUGCUGGAGCACUAAAAAAAUGUAUGAUUUAUAGAAAUGUUGCAGUUAAGUUUUUUUUUUGUUUUUUUUUUUGAUACUUUUUAAGAAGACUUAAAAAUACAAACACGCAACAAUGAAAUGAAACAGACUCAUUAAUUUAUUUAUUUUUUAAGUACAGCAUAAACAAAAGGGUAUUUAACAUUUGCGGACAGACACAAUGAGCAGUUAUCGGUGGAUCGAGUAAUAACAAUGAUAAUUUUAUUCAUAUAAUGAGAAUAACAAUGAUUAAACAGCUUCCAUGAUUUUCAGAUUGUUUUUUUGAUGCGUUGAGUACAUCAGUACUGAAGUGUUUAGUACAUGUUUAAGGUUAUUAUCUGAAUAACCAUACCAAAUGUUCCUCUGCUUUAGCUUGCUCUUUGUGAAACAUUUAAUCUGGCAGAAACUUGCAGGAAUUAUGCAUUCAGGAGACUGCUGGGAUCACAUGACGAGAGCUCAGAAUGGACAUCCACGAGCAGAUGGUGACGUGUACAAAACCACUAAGGAGAUGUUGCUGAACCUAAAGUGCUUGUUAUUCUUCAUACUGAUAGAGCAAAUGUAAAGCUUGUAAAUAAAUUAAAGACAAAAAAGAUUCAUAAAAGUACAAAACCGUG